CCUCCCCUCCCAUUCCUAUAGCACACCUUAGUGUGGAAUCCCUAUCAAAGGCCAUGCCAUUCAUGCUCCAACCUGAGGUCAAGUCUCGAGCAGCAGCGGAUGUAGCUGUCAGUGUUAGAGAUGACGAUGGUGCAGCUGCUGCUCUUGACUCGUUUCAUCGCCAUCUUCCGUUGGCAAAACCGGAACAAGGCCAUCAUGUGCUUUUGUUGUCGAGCAGGAGAGUGGUGCUGAUCCAAUUCUUGUGGGAGCUCAUGCCGGCCAAGUCCUUCCAGAGGCCCGACAUCACGUGAUCGAAGAAGACGGUGUCUUGCGGAAGAGGCCACAAUGAAUAUAUGCUUGCAGACUUGUAGUGGUUUAUCUCUCUUAUCUAUUUUAAUGUUUGUCUUUCUUUUUUUAUUUUUUGUUUUUGGUUAUGGAUUUUUGUUUGCUUUAAAUUUUUUGAUGAAGGGGCACUGGUUGGCAUGUGCACAGUUGUGACAUAAUACGUGGAUGAAUGUUCUACUUAUCUAUUAAUUAAAAAUACAGAUAAUGUAAUAGAAUGUAUAUAUCUUAUUUCAUUUUA